GAAUACAUUUCGAUAAUUCUGUAGCACCUUGAUUUACAUAUGUUCUUUCGCUAAGACGAAGAAGUAAAUAAUAGUAUGGAAAAUUAAGUGCAUGUAAAUUGCUCCUUCUUCUUCCGAUUAUGGACAACAACAACAAACCAAACAAUAGACACAACCGUGGUCGUGGCCAACAGAACACAAAUUCCAAUCAACGAUUUCGUGUGGUACGCAAGGUGCCUCCGCGUGCGUCCAACGACAACGAAAACCGCAAUAACAUUUACAUUACUAGCAAAACAGACAUAAAGGCCCAGCAAAAGCGAUGUGAGGAUAUUCUCAAUUCUGGAGCUAAGGAAAUCUAUAUACAUUGCAUGGGAUACUCCAUAAUUCGUGGUCUUAAUUUAGCUCUGCAAAUUGUUGAAAAUUCCGAGGGAGCACUUAGCUACGUGAUACAUACAUCCACCAUACGUCUGGUGGAUGAAUUGCAUCCAUUGUGUGAUGAUGAGGACAUAAGUUUUCGCCAGCGUAACAAUUCCGCCUUGCACAUUAAAAUUUACAAUAGCAGCUUGUUCGAUAUUGUGGUUCCUAAACUGCCGGCUCAACCUGCUCUGCCAGCCGGGACCGACGACAAGGAAGUGCCACCAUCCCAGCCGAGAAAGAAGACAAAGAAGCAUAAACCACACCAACAUAAUCAACAACAACAACAGCAGCAGCAGCAGUCACAGAAAUAAACCAUGUUCAAGCUAUCCGAAUUGGUUCGCUGGCUAGGCCUUACCGAAUUUGAAAUCUUAA